GUGGUGGGUUAAUCGCGUGAUAACAGUGUUUUCUUGUUUUCGUUGUGCAAGUGGUGAAAUUGCUGUAUCGCGUGGUGCAUUUGGUGGUGUGUUGGUGCAUGACGUGCCCCUUUUUCGGUUGUUUUGAUUUGUUGUGCUUGCGUGCCGAGUGUUCUGACUGUUGAUUUUGACAGUUUGUUUCGAAGGGAGAGAGAGAGUUUGCUGGUCUUUCUCUCGCAGUUUUCUCUGUGUUGAUUUUUUGUAUGACUAGUCGAAGUGUUUGGUGAGAGUGACAGAUUGUGUUUCUCACCACGCCGCCAAGGCACCGUAUCAUUCACCUCGCUCUUCGGCGGACACCAUUCGCCACCCUCCAUCCAUACCGACACCGUAGUCGUGUAGCUGCCGUCACGGUGCGAAGCGAACAGAGUCGUUGAAGCGCUUUAACCUUUCUGACAUUGAAACUGCUCGCGUUUGGCGAGUAGCACUCACUCUUCUCUGUGAAUCGGUUGCGAUCGGUAGCAAACUAGAGUCUUUUCUUGCACAAAGGCAAGAAAAGAAAAAAAAAGUCGGAAGUUAUUACUUUCAUUGGCGACGAGUCUUCCAAAAACGGACCGGGAACGGAUGGUUUAACCUGUCGUGAAGUGUUUUAUUCGGUGACCGUAACUAUUUAUAUGGUUUUCAUUGCGGGAAUCAUUUCGUUUUGAUCGGGAACCGCGAGUAGACGGAGGUGGCCAAGCAGGAAGAAAAUUAGCAGUUAUCGAAAAAUGGCUAAAGACGAAGAGGAUGAUCUGCUGCCCGACAAGGAUGCGGCUAAGGGAUUCUACGCCAAGUACGAACCGAAGGAGAUUCUGGGCAGAGGCAUCAGUUCAACGGUGCGGCGCUGCAUCGAGAAGGAAACGGGCAAGGAGUUUGCGGCGAAAAUCAUCGAUCUCGGUGCGAUCGAAUCGGGCGAUUCCAAUCACAUGCUGGAAGCGACCCGCCAGGAGAUUCAAAUCCUGCGCCAAGUGAUGGGCCACAAGUACAUCAUUGAACUUCAGGAUGUGUUCGAGUCGGACGCUUUCAUUUUUUUGGUGUUCGAGUUGUGCCGGCAGGGUGAGCUGUUUGACUAUCUGACCUCGGUGGUGACGCUGUCCGAGAAGAAGUCACGCUAUAUUAUGAGGCAAAUCUUCGAAGGUGUGGACUACAUUCACUCGAAGAACAUCGUACACCGUGAUCUGAAACCGGAGAACAUCCUGCUGGAUGACUGUCUGAAUGUGAAGAUUACCGAUUUCGGCUUCGCACGGAAGCUGAAGGAAGGCGAGAAGCUGUUCGAUUUGUGCGGCACGCCUGGUUACUUAGCCCCGGAAACGCUCAAGUGUAACAUGUUCGAAGAUGCACCCGGCUACUCCAAGGAAGUAGACAUUUGGGCGUGUGGCGUUAUCAUGUUCACACUGCUGGUCGGUUGUCCCCCGUUCUGGCAUCGGAAGCAGAUGGUCAUGCUGCGGAACAUCAUGGAGGGCAAAUAUAGUUUCACGUCGCCCGAGUGGGCCGACAUUUCAGAGGACCCCAAGGACCUGAUCCGCAAGUGUCUGGUGGUGGACCCCAGCAAGCGCAUCACCGUGACCGAGGCCUUGAAGCAUCCGUUCUUCAACACAGUACUUUUCGAACAAGACAUUGGCCCGUUGAAGCGCAGCCUGUCGGCCAAGUCGCGACGCUUGAGUCGUAUCGCCGAUCUGGCACUGAACGUCACGGCGGAAAAAUUACGCAAACAAAGUCAGUUUAACGCUAGGAAAAAGUUCCAAUUCGCUAUCCUAUGUAUUAGAGCAAUGGUUAGAAUAAAGAGGCUACGGUACACGCCGGAACCGCUGCGGGCCGAGGACGCCCUAAGAGACCCCUACCGCAUCAAGGUGCUGCGAAAGGUCAUCGAUGGCUGCGCAUUUCGAGUGUACGGCCACUGGGUCAAGAAGGGCGAGGGCCAGAAUCGGGCCGCCCUGUUCGAGAAUACGCCUCGAUGCGAGGUUUAUAACCUUUAUAUCAACAGCCUUAACCGAUAGGCUGUAGCACAGAAGCGAAGAGC